GCCUUGACCCCGUUGCGAGUUGAGAGCCACGUGGGCUGGCCUCGUCUUGUUCCUCUGUUCGUCUCUCCCCUCCCCCCUGCAGCCGCCGCCCGGCCCGCCGAUUAGCCUGCGACGGCGCUGUGCUGCGCGGAGGCGACGGGACAAGGCGCGCCGUCGACCGCGUCCGAGCCGCCUCCCCUUCUUCCUCUGCCCCGCCGCCAAGGAAGGGAGGGUUCACAGUCGUCGUCCGCUCGCUCGAUCGAUCCUCGCCUGUACCGAUCCAACGCGCGUGGAGAGAGAAUUGGCCAGGGUUUCCUCGGCGGGCACGCAGUGGGAGGACUUCGGAUCUACCAGCACCCAGUAACGGAGGAGUCCUCCUGCUCUCCCUCUUCCCCGCGGCUGCCGGCGACGGGCGCUUCCGACUGUCACGAAUCGAGUGCCCGCCACCUGUUCGACGGAAUGCUCGAGAUGGCUGCUGCGAGUGACAGAGACCCUUUUGGAGACCUCCCUGACGAGCUCCUAUCGCGCGUGCUGUCCUUCCUUCCGGCAGAGGAUGCCCUACAGACCUGCGUGCUGGAAACCCGGUGGCGCGACCUCUGGAGGCGCUUGACCAGCUUGCGGUUCGUCUUUGAUGGGCCAACGUUUCCGCGAUACAACCGUUUCAAACGGUUGGUGAAGCUGCUUAUCUGUCUCCGCGGGAACUCGCCUCUCAUCAGGUGUGAGAUCGACGCCUAUCCUGACGAUGAGCCGGAGAACAUGUUCACAAACACCAGGCUGUUGAUUGACUAUGCUCUGGCGUGCGAAGCUGAGGAACUCAUAGUAAGAGCAGCUGACAUACAGUACGACCUACCAGUGUUCGAUGUGCCUCUGAGUCUCAUCUCCCAACACUUGAAGACCCUGCACCUUGAAGGGGUCAACCUCGACCACUCUGCUUUGAAGUUCUCAGGCUGCCUGGUGUUAGAGGAUCUAAGGAUUCAACUUUGCAACAUUCGUGCAUGUGAGAUAUCAUCCAUGUCACUAAAGCGCCUGUGCAUCACCGACUACUGUUCUCUACCUGACAUUGUGCGCCUUCGGAUUUGUGCCCCGAGUCUUAUCUCACUGCAGUUAGAGGAUUUUGAAGGCCUGACACCUUUCCUUGAAAACAUGCCAUUGCUAGAAACAGCCCAUGUUAACCUUGAAGAUGGAUGCCAUGAUCACUGUCGCAGUAAUCAGGGGGUUUGUGAUAAUAUUGUCUGUGGUUGUCAUGCUUAUCCUGUCAAGGAGGGGGUGCUUCUCAAUGGUUUGUCCAAUGCUGCCAAGUUGGACUUGAUAGCUUUACCUAAAAUGUUUCUCUACAGAUCGGAUUUGAAAUGGUGUCCCAUCUUUGGCAAAUUGAAGACUCUGUUACUCAAUGAGUGGUUUACGGCUGUUGACCUAGUUUGCAUUCUCCGACAGUCUCCAGUUCUUGAGUCACUCACUCUUAAGCUUGGCAACACCGAGGACAUUGUAGGAGCAACAGGAGCCCAAGAAACAAAAACACAAUCAUUUGUUUGUGCAUGCCUUAAGUCCGUUUAUAUUGAAUGUGAAGAGGUUGAUGAGGGAGUUCUUGCAGUCUUGAAUAUCUUAAGUACAUGCGGCAUACUUCGUGAUCAAAUUAGCAUCAAGGAGGAUUCACGUACAGACUCAGAUUGUAAGUUAGCUUUGUCCAUAUCUAGUAUUUAUUGCCAAAUAGAAUGUAUGACAACCCUUCCUACUUGUUCUAACAUGUCUGCUAUAAUUACAUAUCAAUUAGAGUAUCUCCACAGCAGACCAAAAAACAGUCUUAGCCUCUUAGGUGUGGAGAGAGAAGGUUUUUGGUAUCCAGAAAAUUUUCCGCCUUUGCAGUAGACCAAAAACUGGAGACCAAAAAUUUCAACUUUAUUUCUGCCACACAUAUUUGUGCAUAUGCAAUGUUGUAAAUAAUAUCAAACUCGUUUCAAAUUAAUCCGAAACAAAUAAAGCACAAAUAGUACUAUGUCCGUCCCAAAUUAUAAGACAUUUUGUUAGGCUAUUUUAGCCUACCAAAACAUCUUAUAACAGAGGAAGUACUUCUUUAUUACAUAGUUCACCAGUCCACAACCCCAAAUUCAACACACUUAUUCAUCAAACAUAACACAAAGUGCAUCAAACAUAACACAAAACAUAGAAGUAGAAGUGUAGAACUAGUGGUCUUGUUGACCAUUCCAUGUUCACCACUCCUCGAUGAGAUCUUGUUGAAGACGUUGAUGGGUAUCCGCAUCUCGAAUUUCUUGAUGAACUUGAAGAAACUGUUGGAUGCGGUUUUCCCUUCUACACGGAUGCACUACCCUUCCCGUUAAGUCAUAGGAGUAAUCCAAAUCUUGGCCACACUCAUGCCGUGCAAGGUCAUGGCGGCAGUCAUGAUGUACUAAAGGAUUUCUUGCUCAAAAAACCGAGCCGGUCCCUGCAAAUUAGCAAACUGGGCUUGCAUAAUCCCAAAUAUCCUCUUUACAUCCUUCCUAUCAUCUGCUUGAGCACUAUGGAAACCAAGUUGUUUCUUACCUUGGGGGCUGGGAAAUGGCAUCACAAAGGUUGCCCACUUUAGGUAUAUCCCACCUGCUAGGUAGUACCCCUUGUAUGUGUGGCCAUUUGCUUGAAACUCCACCGGUGGUGAUUCCUCAUUGGAUAACCGUGCAAAUAGUGUUGAUCGGUGGAGCACAUUGAUGUCAUUGCAAGCUCUAGGCAUCCAAAGCCAUGUCUCCUGAUCUACAAUGGCUUCAAGAAUGAUGGUGGUAUCCUUCGCAUGGCAUUUGAGCUGCAGGGCAGUUCUUCCACCUCCAGUGUGUGCAACCAACUGAGCUGAGCAUACCUGGAACUCCCCAUCCCCCAUGCUUUGUUCAUCUCCAAAAGCCGAGUGUCCAGAGCAUUGGGUGCUCUCAAAUACUGUGGCCUAAACACUUGAACCAUCGCCUUAGCAAAUCGCUUCACACACUUGAUGGAAGUGCUCUCUCCCAUUGCCAAGUGAUCAUCAAUCUAAUAUGCAGGAAUGCCAUAUGCCAUCAUGCGCAAUGCCGAAGUAAUCUUCUGGAUAGUAUUGUGUCUAAGAUCUCAGGCACAAUUCCUCCUCUGCAUGAAGAAUCGAUCAUGCCCUUUGACGGAGUCGGCAACAUGGAGGAACAAGUUCGGAGCCAUUCUUAAUCGGCGUCAAAAGUGUUGUGUCCAAGAUCUCUGGCACAAUUCCCCCUCUGCACGAAGAAUUGGUCAUGCUCUUUGACAGAGUUGGCAAUGUGGAGGAACAAGUUAGGAGCCAUUUUGGAUCGGUGUCGAAAGUAUCGCUUUGGAUGCACCGGAUUUGCACUCUUGACAAUGGAACCUCCAUGCUUUGGCCUCUUGUUCUUCUCCAUGCCGAUCAACGUGGUCAUGGCAAUGUCAUCAUCUUCAUCCCACUCAUUCCUCUUUGAAGCAGGAAUCAUCAUACGGGGAGGAUUCACGCUCACAACGUAUGACAAGAAAAGGCAACAAAAAUUAACUUAGAGAACUUCCAUCGAACACUUUGUGGGCACCGAGCUCAAGUUCGGCUAAGAACUUCCAUCGAACACUUUGUGGGCACAGAGCUCAAGUUCGGCCGAUGUAGCUCGUUGGCAGCCUAGUAAAGGCGUCAGGAUGGACCCAGGGGUCGUAGGGGAGCCGGGGAUGCAGCCAACUUCGGCGGCGGCAUGCCGCCUUGUAUCGAGAGCUCGAUAUGGAGUGGUGGCUCGGCGCUGGUCACCCGGCCGAUAAUCGACCUCGCAGGCGACGGUGAGCAUAUCAUCCAUCGGCGGGGCAGGAAAAUGGUCGAAAUCGACAACUUCGGGCGGCGGUGUGUCGAGCUUCUGCGGCGGCCGAGGGGGUCAUGGCGGUUGGUGUCAGGGCUCGGCGUGGCCGAUAGAGUGGCGGCGGCGGCGAGAAUCGGCGGCAGCGAGAUGGGGAGGGGCAGCGGUGAUGAAAUUUCAGGUUGGGGUUCUCGUCAGAGUGUUUUGCGUUUUUUUGGUCUGUCGCUAGUGGAUUGGUAUAUUUACCAAUUCGAUAGCAAUUUUUAGGCUAUAGCCUAAAAUUUUUUUUUGGUCGCCGUGCAGGUUUUGGUCUGCUGUUGGAGCCUUUUUUUGGCCUCAAAGACCAUAAAAUUCUGGUUUUUUUUGUUUCAGCUACAUUUUUUGGUCUGCUAUUGGGGAUGUUUUUAGAAUGUAUGGCACACCCUCCAAAUCCAUUCAUAUUUUGUAUUCAUUAUCCUUCAGUAUAAAUUGUAUCUGCAUGCUGAUGGAGUUUAGAGUGGCUGUUAUAUUUUAAGGUUGUUUAUUAUUUUGUAAUUGUUGGUGACACUAAAAUAGUAGGCACACAUUUCUGAUGUACUUAUAGAUCUGUACCAUCCAUGCAAAAUCAUUUUUUAUUCUCUUCUGUUUUUUUCAGUUCAAAAAAUUAUUUAAUCCUUUUACUGUAGUGUGAUGAAAAUAGUAGUUGUUCUCAUCUUGAAAUUCAGUUUAGGUCUUCUCUCGUAUUCCAUUGGUAGAAUACAUAUCACUAAGAAUUCAGUUUAGGCCUUUGCCUCACUGUAUUUACUGUUGCUCAAGCAUGUUGUCAGUUUGAUUAGUUUGAUUGACAGAGACUGAAAGUCAAGUUGCAUGUGUUCCACACUUGUUUAAGCCUCAAGCAGUCCUGACUCUCAGCCCUCUCUGAAAGGUCAUAUUUGUGUUGGUGUUUUGCUCUGGUAAGGCUAAACUCUUCUGUUAACAACUACAGAAAUUUUGUCAGGCUGCAGUAUAGUUGGUUCCUCUAUAUCAAACUGGUACCCAGGAUAUUUGAAGUUCCCUUCUAUGUUUCUGACUUGUCUUGCUUGUGCAGAUUCAUCUGCUGAUAGCGACUCCACUGAUAGCGACUAAGAUGUGUGGUCGGUCAUGAUGUUCAUCUGAAGACUUUUGUUUCUCUAAAGAAUCUGCAAUGGUGGCCAUGUUUUGGCUGUUAGCCUGUAACCGUGAAGUUCUGUUUCUGCUUCCCAUCUUUGGUCUCUGCCGGAAUUCUGUCUUAAUGGUUUGUUUGGUGCAACUGCAAGACGUUCCACUUUGUCAGGAAUCUGCCAGGAAUCUAAAUGAUGGUUACAACUUUGCUAUGUUUCUAUAAUCCGCCGGGAAUCUGUAUGAUGGUUACAUACAUAUUUUGUAAAUCAUCAAUAUAUACGGGAACAGUACAUGCAUCUCUUCUGUC